AUGGCGACUAAUGACCCAAUGUUUGACCCCAGGGUCUUGGCACUCAUGGCGAAAGUCGGUGGUCAAUCACAAGAGGACCAACAACGAGAAGAAGAGGAAAGAAAGAAAAGAGAAAUGAAGAAACCAACCCCGCCUUCAGAUGUAGAUGCUUGGAUGAAAAGUGAAGGAUUUGAUGAAUGGCCAAUGAGAGUGACAUCAGAAGGACAGAUGGGUCUUGAAGAUGAAAGAAAAAUGAUUGGUAGCAAAGAUAAUAUUGUUGAUGAACUUCGCAAGCAUGCACCUCUUCCUGUCAAUUUGCUGGAUGACUUGGAAGAAAAACUAAACAAUUUAGAAAAAAGGCUAAAUGUAUAUACAACAGAGAUCCUAACUGAUGAACCAAGAACUUCUAGAAUCAAUCAGAAUCUUUUCCACUCUCCAGAAUAUGUUAUGAUCAAAGCUGCUGAGUCAAAUGCCGUGCAGAUCCAGCGUGGACGAAAGAAGAAACAUACAAAAGAUAUAAAAGAUCAGAUUUUAGGUACCAAGACAAGAAGUGUGGAGAAUGCUUCUUUUCCAGGAUUCAAUAGGAAAGAACUUACAGAACUUCCUCAUCAACUAGAAUCACCACAGAUUCUUGACAGAGUCACACAUGCACAGGAUUUCAAACCUGGAUUUAAGAAAUUUUGGAAGAAGUUAUUUUUGUCUGAGGCAUCAGUAGCAGUUAUGCAGGAUACUUUCUGGUGGUUUUUCCUGAACAGCUGGGAGACUGACAGGAAAGAGGAACAAGAGAAAUUGUUCAAUAGAAUUGCUGACAGCUUUGUUGCAUUGUUUACUAGUGUUAAUCCCAAUAUCAAAGAUAAAUUUUUUGCUGUGUAUGCAGACUGUUUAGCACAGUCUAUUUAUGCAGCAUAUUUUGAAGCAUUCCCCGAUUCCCAUCAGCAAUUUGAAGGAGUAUUUAAAACUGAAUUAUGUGAUUUGUGUCAUGAAUGGAUCACAGGUGUGAAACCACAACCACGGUCAUGGAAACAGUGGGAUACCUACAGGCUACAACCAAAACAUAUGGCAAAAGAAAAAGAAGAGGACCUAAGAAAAGUAGUUCUUCUUAAAGAUGGUCAAGUCAAUAGAGAAGCAAGUUUUGCUAUUGAGUUUGAACUGGCCGCAGAGGAAGGUGAGAGUAUGUAUGAUGUGUCAUCAGGUGUACAACCAGGUAUAUCCAGAGAAAUCACUCAGAUAACAACCAAGAGUGGCAAAACAGCUGCUGUAACACAACCAAGAAUUCCAACAGCUGGUACCAGUCGUCCCAAAACUCAGUCACAUGAUAUAGGUCCAGGUCCUGAAUUUGAACGUGUACAAUUCAACAUCACUGGUAGAUCACCACUAGUUGCACAUUAUCUUUAUAUGAAAGAUUUAGCAUCAAAUGAACACAGAGGAAAAAAUGUCAGAAGAACUGAAGUAGCAAAACUUCCAUAUCCUUUAAAAUUUCACACUGUAUCAAGGUACCAAUCAACAAACACAGAUAUACAUGCAUGCACCUUAACUUUAAUCACUCCUCCAGCACCUACAUACAAAGAAGUUAUCAAAGAAACUAAAAAAAUGGCCAAGACAUUGCAUAUAGAGUACCAGAAGAUUAGUGAACAAACAGCUAAGGAGCUUGUUGCAAUUGAAAAACAGAAAGUGGAACAACUGCGUGAGAUUGAGAAGAUCAGAAAACAGUUAAUUGAACAUAGUGUUGACAUGAAGAUAUUGAGUGAAAAGAUUUUGGAUAAAAGGGGAUUUGAAGGUAUAAUGGCAGUCAUGACGGAAAUAAACGAUGAGGAAAAUGAUAUACCUUUACCAAAACAGAUAAAACAAACAAGUCAAGCUGCCGGUGGCAUAUUUGGGGAUGACUGGUCCUCUUCAUCAGAUGAAAAUGAUGACUGA